AUGUCUCUGGAUAUCGUCACCGAAUCGAAAUGGUCUAUCAUUUCUGAUGAACAAGCGUCAAUUUCGAUUCAGCAUGGCACUACUUUUCUACUUCGAUCGCACAAUAAGGAUGAUGAUGCAGGCGUACAACUUUUAUGUACCAUAAGUUCCUUGCCAUUUUUCAAUCUCACUGAGCAACAACGUUCGCCAAACAAUAAAUUUGCUCUAAAAAUCAGAAACGAGUCAUCAGUAUGA